CCGCCAUCAUGUCGGGCCGCUGCUGCCCGGGCCAGACGCCGAGCCGCGACAUCCCGGGCCCCGGCAAGCGGCUGGCGCUGCCCGACGGCGCCCCGCUGCCGCCCGGCGCCUACAGCACCACGCCCGGCGGCACCGUCUUCGGGACCACGCCGGGCGGUACCAGGAUUAUUUAUGAUCGUAAGUUCCUGAUGGAGUGCCGCAAUUCUCCCGUUGCCAAAACGCCGCCUUCCGACCUUCCGGACAUUCCAGGUGUCACCAGCCCAAGCGUGGAGGAGUCCAAGACCGAAAACAACCAUGUCCAGAACUAUGAGGAGAAAGAGAACAUGGCCGAGGAAGAGCAGUUUGACAUGGACAUCUAAAGCACGUGCCCAGCAAGCGCUCCACUGUUGAAGAACGGGACCUUGUCCUGAGGAUUCCCACCAGCAGGGCUUCCACAAGCCCAAGCUUUGAGUGCCUUCCUGCUUCCCGGGAAGGGCAAAUCAUUCACUUCUGAGAAGAGUGUGUCCUGUUACACAGACUGAACCUCAGCCUCUCUGCGUGGCUGCAAACACAUGAGCGCAGCCCCUGCUGGCGAUGGGCCGCGGGGUGCAGGAGGAGACUUUCUCAGAUCGUUUUUUUUUGUUUCGGGUUUUAUGCUUUUGUUAAUCAUUGUAUUACUGUAAAAGUUGCAGAAAUGCA